AUGAGAGGAGUCCUGUACCUGGCGGUUAUAGGAUUUAAACCUCACUGGUCUCGCUUCAGAUUUGGCACACGUUCCAGCAAGCUGCAGGUCGAUCCAGACGACCACCCUGUCCUAUUGACCGAGGCAGCCAUGAACCCGCUGGAGAACCGCGAGCGCAUGAUGGAACUUAUGUUUGACUGCUUUAACGUUCCCCUCGCCUAUGUGACCAUGCAGGCAGUGCUGGCGCUCUACGCAGCAGGGAGGUCCACAGGUGUAGUGUUUGACUCUGGGGAUGGAUCGAGUCAUAGGGUGCCAGUGUUUGAGGGAUACUGUCUACCUCACGCAGUGGCUGGCCAUGAUGUUACAAUGCACCUUAAAAUGCUUCUGCAGGAGCAGGGAGUGUGCAUGCACACUUUUACCGAGAUGGAGAUUGUGAGAGAGAUAAAGGAGAAAUGCUGCCAGGUGGCAGGGCUAGCAGUGAUGUAUUACAUCAUGCCUGAUGGACAGGUCAUCCACCUCAGCACAGAGCGGUUCAGGUAA